UCUUAUCCUAAUCCAUUGCCGGGUUGCUUCUUUUCUUUCUUCUCUCUGUCUGUCAAUCUGCCUGUCUCUCUUCCUCGCCAAGUUGUUGUUGUUGAGUUGGGUGUCCUGUUUCUUGGACGGACAACGCAUCACCCAGUCCUGAAAUCCGCCGGAGAUUUGCUUCUUGCGCACACUGGCACCGCCCGGAUCGCUGAAUCUUGCUGCUCGGCCAUGUCGACGGCGGUGGCGGAGGUGCCGCCGGCCUACGGCUUCCCCGGAUCGGCGACGAAGAGCCCCGCCGCCGCCGGCGAUGGACGGCGGCCUGAGGAGGUGGUCCUAGCUGGGAAGAGGAGGAGUGACGGGUUCUUUAUAGAGGAGGAGGAGGAGCUGGAAGGGGAGGAGGUGCUCACGGAGAGCUCGUCGGUCGGCCCGCCGUCGCCGGCGAGCUCGUCGAUCGGGGAGAACUCCUCGUCGGAGGCAGGAGGCGGGGAGGAGGGGGGAGACGGGGAGGAGGAGGAGGUGGAGAGCAAGCUCAAGGAGGAGGUCGGGCUCGGCUGCUUGGACGCCUUGGAGGAAUCCCUGCCCAUCAAGAGGGGCCUCUCCAACUUCUACGCCGGCAAGUCCAAGUCUUUCACCAGCCUCGCCGAGGCAACGGCGGCGACGGCGACGGCCGCCGCCAAGGAGCUGCUGGCCAAGCCGGAGAACCCCUUCAACAAGCGCCGCCGCAUCCUGGCCACCUGGUCGCGGCGGGCCUCCUGCAGCUCGCUCGCCACGGCCACCUACCUGCCCCCACUCCUCGCGCCCGACCACGCCGUCGCCGAGGGGGAGGAGGACGAAGACGAUUCAGACAGCGGCGGCGACGAGCCGCGGCAGCACCGGGGCAAGAACGGCGGCCGGCGAGAGGCGGCGCCGCCGCCGCCAUUGCCGCCACCGAGGCUGAGCGUGCACACCCAGAUGGGAAUGGUGAGGAGGAACGGCACAUUCAGGUCGCCGAGAUCGUUCUCACUGUCUGAUCUUCAGAACAGUGGCUGUUCUUGUUAGUAGCUAAAAAAAAAAUUACAGUUAGAGCAAGCCUUUGAUCUCUCAUGGCUAGUAGAGUUUUUACUACUCUACUAUAUAAUUAUAAUUAUAAUCAUAAUUGCAAUGUAUAAGGGUCCAAGUUUGUUGUGUUCUAUGAUUCUACCCAUCUUGGCUUUCUGAGUUCUGACCUAAUUAAGAAGACAUGUAUCAACUAUCUAUGAACUGACCUAACUUGGGGCUAUCAUUAACUAAUGAUGAUGAUGAUUAGUCAA